CGGCGGUGCCGCCGCGGGGCGCCGGCAUGUGGGCGCGGGCUGCAGCGCGGAGCACUGGUGCGCCCGGCGCGGGGGCCUCGGGGCGCAGCGCGCGUGGCCGGGCCGGGUCGGAGCAGCGCCGCGCCGGGUGAGGCAGCGCCGCGCCGGCUUCUGGUCUUCAGUUCAAGUUGGGUGUCAUGGAUGAAACUGCCUUGUCCCUUGGAACAAUAGAUGUUUCUUACCUGUCCGCCUCCGCGGAGUGCAGUAUCAGUAGAUGUAAGCAUUCCAGUGAAGAAUGGGGAGUGUGUAACUCUAGGCCUACUCUCUUUCGAGCAGCUACUUUGAAAUGGAAAGAGACUCUGCUGGGCAGAAAAAGGCCAUUUGUGGGACGAUGUUGCUACGUAUGCACUCCCCAGAGCCGGGACAAUUUCUUCAAUGCUAGUAUUCCUUCUUUGGGCCUACGUAAUGUCAUAUAUAUCAAUGAAACACAUACGAGGUACAGAGGGUGGCUUGCAAGACGGCUUUGUUAUGUCCUAUUUGUGCAAGAGAGGGAUGUGCAUAAGGGUAUGUUUGCCAAGAAUCUGACCGAAAAUGUGCUGAAUAACAGCAGAGUACAGAAGGCCAUUGUAGAUGAAGCUUCUGAACCAAAUGCUACAGGCAGUUUUGCUCAGACGGAUCCCAAAGCUAUCAACAAAGUGAAGAAAAAAGCUAGGAAAAUUCUCCAGGAAAUGGUAGCGAAUGUGUCACCUGCUUUAAUCAGGUUGACUGGCUGGGUGUUGCUGAAGUUGUUUAACAGCUUUUUCUGGAAUAUUCAGAUCCACAGAGGUCAAAUAGAAAUGGUCAAAGCAGCAACAGAGAUGAAUUUGCCUCUUAUCUUCUUGCCUGUUCACAAAUCUCACAUUGACUAUCUACUCCUCACGUUCAUUCUUUUCUGCCAUAACAUCAAAGCACCCUACAUUGCUGCAGGGAACAAUCUCAACAUCCCCAUCUUCAGCACAUUGAUCCGCAAACUAGGAGGAUUUUUCAUUCGUCGAAAGUUAGAUCAGAGUCCGGAUGGUCGUAAGGACUUCCUAUACAGAGCUUUGCUCUAUGUGCACAUAGAAGAACUGUUGAGACAGCAGCAGUUUUUAGAAAUAUUCUUGGAAGGCACGCGGUCUCGAAGUGGAAAGACAUCCAGUGCUAGAGCAGGUCUUUUAUCUGUGGUUGUGGAUGCUCUCUUUUCAAAUGCUACUCCCGACGUUCUAAUUAUACCUGUGGGAAUCUCCUAUGAUCGCAUAAUUGAAGGUCACUACAACAGUGAACAGCUGGGGAAGCCUAAGAAGAAUGAAAGCCUUUGGAGCAUAGCGAGAGGAGUCUUCAGAAUGCUGCGGAAGAAUUAUGGGUGUGUCAGAGUAGAUUUUGCCCAACCGUUUUCCUUAAAAGAAUAUGUAAACAGCCAAAGUCAGAAACCUGUGCCUGCUCCUCUUUCUUUGGAACAAGCUUUGUUACCAGCUAUACUUCCAUCAAGACCGAGUGAUACUGUGGAUGAAGGUACAGAGGCUUCACUGCCUAACACCAGGGAUAUAACCAGUGAGCCCUUCAGAAGAGAGUUGAUAGCCAACUUGGCUGAGCAUAUUUUGUUCACUGCUAACAAAUCCUGUGCUGUGAUGUCUACCCACAUAGUUGCCUGUUUGUUGCUCUACAGACAUAGAGAGGGAACUGAUCUUUCCAGGUUGGUGGAAGACUUCUUCUCCAUGAAGGAGGAGGUCUUGGCCCGUGACUUUGACUUGGGAUUUUCAGGGAAUUCGGAUGAUGUUGUCAUGCAUGCUAUCCACUUGUUGGGAAACUGUGUAAAUAUCACAAACACUAGCCGAAACAAUGAGUUCUUCAUCACUCCCAGCACAGUGAUACCUGCUGUCUUUGAACUCAACUUCUACAGCAACGGAGUACUUCAUGUAUUCAUUAAAGAGGCCAUUAUUGCCUGCAGUCUUCAUGCAGUUCAGAGUAAAAGGUACAGAAACGGUACCAACGGUGCUUCUUCCAGUUUAAUUAGUCAAGAACACUUGGUCCGCAAAGCUGCCAGCUUGUGUUACUUGCUUUCUAAUGAAUUUACUGUGUCUUUGCCUUGCCAGGUGAUAUAUCAAGUUUGCCAUGAAUCCGUGGAAAGGCUAAUACAAUACGGUAUUCUUCUGGUGGCUGAGCAGGAUGAUCAGGAAGAUGUUAGCCCCAGUCUUACAGAGCAGCAGUGGGAUAAAAAACUCCCUGAACCUUUAUCUUGGAGAAGUGAUGAGGAAGAUGAAGAUAGUGAUUUUGGAGAAGAGCAGAGAGAUUGCUACCUUAAGGUGAGCCAGUCUCAAGAGCACCAGCAGUACAUCACUUUCCUGCAGAGGUUAUUGGGACCUUUACUGGAGGCGUAUAGCUCUGCUGUCAUCUUCGUACACAAUUUUAGUGGUCCUGUUUCAGAGUCUGAAUACCUUCAGAAGUUACACAGGCACUUAAUAAGCAGGACAGAGAAAAACGUUGCUGUGUAUGCUGAGAGUGCUACCUACAGUCAUGUGAAAAACGCAGUGAAAGUCUUUAAGGAAAUUGGGGUUUUCAAUCAGACGAAACAAAGGAGAGACACUAUUUUGGAACUAAGCACUACGUUCCUACCUCAACGCAACAGGCAAAAACUACUGGAAUUCAUCAUGAGCUUCAUGGUAUUAUAGACCACAUAUAGCACCUUCAUCCAGGGACAUGAGGACAGGUUUUGAGACUCUGUCAAAGCCUGGGGACAUUUGCUAGUCCUUCAGAGUAUAAGGUGCCACUGUUUGGGUAAGGCCUUCUCUGACUUGAACCACUGGAAGACAAGUGCCUUCUUACGUAUGCAUUUAUGAGUUUCUUACAGUCCCAAUCCUGUUGUAAUGCAGUGAUACUCAGAUGACACUUCGGAUAUAAGUGAUCAGACAUGUUGCAAAAAAUAAAAUAAACAAUUAGAAUUAGGUUUAAAAUGAAGAGUGACAUUUUAUCAGUGUUAUGUUUUAAAUAAAUUUACUUUUAAGACUGUAACAGAUGCACAAAUACAGAUAUUUGUGCUCUGUAGCUAACCCUGACAUCUUGAGUUUAGUGGCAAAAUUGCUUACGACAUAAACAACUUCCAUUCCAAUCCAGUUUUAUUGUUUUAAAUAAAUGGUUUAUAAAAUUUUGCUUCGGCAGGAUAUAUACUUUGUGGAUAAAGCCAUAGCUUUUCAUAAAUGUUAACAUAAAUGCCAAAAUUCUAAUGAGAGUAACAGUUACAAACAUCUGAGGAUAAUGACCAUGUAGCAGAUGAUUGUGAGAAUUGAUGUUAGCAGACACACCUUGCACUAUUAGAGCUGUGUAGUGCAGUGGUAAAUUGCACUAAUCACUGCUUUCAUGAAGAAUGUGAUAGUAGCAGUUUUGUUUUAAUUAUGGCAUCUGUCCUUCAGCCAGAUGAAAGUCAGGAGACGGUUGCUUAAAUGUGAAUACCUUGUAAAAUGUUAGAUUAUUAUUUAAUUGAAAAAAACCUAUUAAGUUUUUUAAUUAACAGGGUGUCAGAUUUCUUGGUUUUUCUUUUUUUAAGGGGAAUAAAUUCUUGAUUUGGUGAAAUAAUUUUAUUUUUGGCCCUAAAAAUUUCAGCAAUAACUUUUGCAACUCUUUGGAAAAGAGUGUUCAUGUUGUAUUUUGUUGCUGAGCAGAUCUAAAUUGGCAUGAAGUAGUAGCAUCUGGAAAUAUUAAAAAAAGUCAUAAACAGUGUUCUUGUGGUUCUGAUCUAACUGGUGUAUGAAAAGAAAAAACAAAGCGUUGAAUGAUCCUGUCCUAUGAAACAGGACUCCAGUCUUGCAAUUCAAUCCGUUUGCAUGAAGAACUUGCACUGUGUAGAGCUCAGCAGAUUUCAUUUUGUCUCCAUGUGAGUGGAGAUUAGGCUGCAAGUUGUAGUCCUGUAUUUUAGCACAGCUGAUCUAGCUGAAGCAAUAACUUGGUGGUACGCAAAGCUAGGUUGCUUGUGAAAUGUGUUCUCCUCAUUUAGAUUGCCUUCUAUAUGAGGGAAAUUAAACAUUUCAAUUACUGUAAUGUUUCACUUGAUUCUUAUGUCCUAUCUUUGCAAGCAGAAAAAGCCCCCAAAAUUCAUCACGGAAUCAUGCGGAUCUCUGUUGCUUAACUUAAAUAUGGAAAAGCAUACUUGAAUCCCAGCAUUUGCACUGUUAUGCCAGCACAAAACCGAUGCACACAAUUUGAGUUUGUGGCCAAGGAGCUUGCAUUUGUACUGCACAUUUGUUAACAAGAAUAUUUCUGUAAAUUUUUUUUAUUAAAUGCUAUUAACAUUUGUAACUUGCAGUGUAUAGUUUGUUAGCAUUAUACACUUAAGCACUGUGAGAUGCGUGUGUUCUGUCACUAAACCAGGUGCUCUAAUACACAAGAAUUUCUGAACCAAAGCUAUAUUAAUACAGAUAGAAAAUGACCAUGUAAUUGCUUUUGUUUUUACAUACUUCUGCUAUCUCAGCAGGACAGUGACUACACUGCACAUAAUUUGUUCUUAUAAAGUCUACCAGCCAUUUACAAAGCAGUUUCAUCUCAUUCUAGCUAACGUGCACUUUUUGUUAACCCGACGAAUGCUCCACUCAACAGUUGUUGCUGAUGGCUUCCAUUUAAUGUCAAAAAAGACUAGGUGCUUGUUAAUAAUGAGGUCUCAUAGUUUACUGCUCUUCAGUAAAUCUGAAGUGUACUAACAGUCAAGAUUGUAUAUAAAAAGAAUUUUAAAAAUGAAGCAAUAUGAAGCAAUUGAAACUUGAGUUGUUUUAUAAAGAAUGUUCUGCUGACAUACUAGCUAUCAUAAAACCUAGGAGUAGCGUGGUUACCAGCGUGUUCUGGCUAGGUGUUACAACUAAAGAUAACUUACGGAUUACCUUAAUGAAUCUGGUUAAUAGAAAUCAGUAAGUGGGUAGGGUAAUGUGCAUGUGAAUAAACAUUAAUUAAUCCGUGUAGUAAGCAGAGGGAGGGUACAAUUCUAAAAUUGGUUUGUUUUUAUAUGGAAAAAUUGCAUGUGAAAAAUCAUGUAUUAUGAAUGAUCUAUUGCCCCGGAAGCCUUUGUUUUCUGCAGCAAGUGUGUAUGUAUACAUAUGUAUGCAAGCAUGUAUAUUAUGACACACAUGACAGCUAUGCUUUUUCCUGAAAAUGAAGCACAGAAUAAAAACUAUCAGACUGGAACAGUCAAAAACUAAAACCAACACUUUUGCACUGUAUUUACACCUUCAGUGUCUUCUGAUUUUGUUAACCUCUCAUGUUUCCUUUGCUGAUACAAUACCAGGUUGAAUUAAUUUUGAUACCAGUAAGGAAGAAAUUACUGGCUCUGAAUUACCACAAAUGUAUUUUAAGACUCUCCUCUUGCAAAGACUUACACAAGUCUCGUAAUCUUUAUGAGCAUGUUACUCAGGUGUGCAAGUCUUUUGGGGCCAGGGUCUUUCAGGAUAGGAUGAAUGUGAGACUUAAUCUUUCCAUAUGCAUCCUGUCGAUCUUGUGUUCUGGUGUGAUUGAAGGGUAGGAUCCCAUGUCCCAUGCUGCCACAGCUGCCCACCCCCCAGGACAUAAACUUGUUCGUGCGUUUACUUCUGACUCACAAUGAUGUACAUGGCACACCCACCUUCUCUCUGACAGUAUAGGGCUUUAUUCACAUAUCUUUGAUUAGGAAGCAUAUACAGUUGAGUUUAACUGCCUGCUCCACAAAGAAGUAUCAGAAUCACAAUUUAAAAUACGGUUGAGCUGGGAAGUGUUGUAAGAUACAAUUGCUGUUGUGUCUCUGUGCUUGUGAGCCCGAUACUGCUUCCUUGAGAAUGUUAACAUGUUUUACUCGUUCCCUGUAAUGCUGUGUCUACUGUAGAAGCACAGAAGUGUACUGGAGUUAUUUUAAUAAAUUAAACUUUGCUAAUAUGACAUUUAA